GCCUCACACUGCAGCAGCGCUCAGGCCGAACCCGCUCACAUGCCACCAGAUAUCAACAAAUCCGGUAAGAAAUGCACAGGCAAUAGGAUAUCUCAAUAAAAGCGCAAAGGAGGUGGAAGAGUAAAGCCAAACCGGUGGUUGACAACAGCCAGUGUGGCAGACAUGGCUGAUUCUGAGAAUGUGAAAGCAGUGGAGCUGCUCAUUUUAUCAGAAGAGCAGCAGCAAUACGCAAUUCUGCACUGCCCCACUAAUAGUCAUCAGCUUUCUCUGACUGGGGAAUCUCCCCUUCUACAAGACUCACUAAAGGAGAAAGAGAAUGAGGCAAAAGGAGGUGCUGAUGACCUGAUGGAGCAGUCUGAGGAGGACCAAAACAUCUUGCCAGCCCAGAGGACCGGUCGUCCAACCAUGGAGUCAGUACCCUUGCAACCCACUGAUGUAAUAAAUCAAAACAUACCGUGUAAGACUGGUGAGACAGAACUCUUGGAAGUGCUCAAACACGACAAUAAUUCAGACUUUCCCUCAUGUGAAACAGAUGCUGACCUGGACCUAGACUAUGACCCUAAGAUUAUCCCUGAUGGCAAACACCAGGGUUCAUGCAUGUUCUUCUGUCAGCAGUGUCAAAGACGAUUUACUACCAAGCAAGGCCUGGAACGCCACAUGCAUGCUUUGUCAUCCUGCCACACGCAGAUAUUUAAAUGCCGCUACUGCCGGAAGUGCUUCAGUACACAGUUCUGCCGACGACGACAUGAGAGAAGACAUAGUAACGCCAAUAGAAGGACAGGUGUUCUCAUAAUUAACCCUGCUCCACAGGUGGUUGGAGAGACUCAAGGAAUGGUCUCUUCACAAGAAGAAGCCCCACUUGUCCUGACGUCCAAGCCAGUCAGCAACUCACCUGUGCCUGAUUUGGAAGGAAGAGGUAACUCGGAUGAACUUGCAGAGACUAAGUGCUCUUUUGCCUGUAAGUACUGCAAGAAAGCGUUUGGAACUCACACCAGCUUACGAAGGCAUGAGCGCAGGAUACACGAGCGUCGUCUGUUACCCAGAGGAGUCCGUCAGAAAGUUGUAAACUCUCAUGAGGUUCAAGUUCAGGAUUCCAGUGGCGCGCCAGAAACCUCUUCCAAUACACAACACAGUGAUGAGGUCAGGCAAGAAGAGGAGUAUAUGGUUGAUAUUUCCAACAACAUCUCUGAGAACCUCAGCUUCUACAUUGACGGGAAAAUCAUCUCAACCAGUGCCGUCACUAAUUGCGAAGUGAUGGAACUGAAUUCUGCUGCUGCUGUGAUUGGUCUGGAUGCUAUUAUCGUCAACCCAGCUCAAAUUACACAGGCCCUUAAAAUAGAGUCUAAUGACUGCAACAUGACUUCUGACCUUAGUGGUCAGUCCUCUGGCAGAAGGAGGACAUCUACUCCACCUUUAUUGCCACAAAUCAAAACUGAACUGGAGUCUGAAUCUAUCUUAACAACACCUUCGUCUGCCCCAGAAGGUACAUUGAUUGGCACUGUCUUCCCCCGGACAUUAGAGACCAUUGUUUUACAAAAAGAGAAAACUAUUUAUCUGUCUCCCAAGCUAAAGCAGCUCCUACAGAACCAGGACAGCAGUAAGUCAUCAUUUUCUCUGAUCAGCAAAGGCCAAAAACUCUGCCCACCUUUAUCACUAACGCUUUUACCUGCAACAAGUAGCAGGUUUAAGAGAAGAACAACAUCCCCUCCUAACUCUCCACAGCAAAGCAGUGCACCAAUGCUGAAUUCUACCAUUGUACAGGAAACAGAUUCUUCUGCACCUAAAGUCCCAAAGAUAGAUAGUCAGUGCACAUCUGCCGUGUUGAGCUUAUCUAAAAAAGAAGAAAUGGAAAUGGUAAACCCAGCUACAAACAGUACUGAAACCAUUCAGGAAAUUCUGCCAUUGGACUGCUCUGCAUCAGGGACUGGUGGUAGGUCAUGCAAUCAGCAGCCACUAGAUCUCUCCAGUGCUGUGGGUAAGAGAGACAGUGAGGUCUUAGCGGAUUGUGUUCUGGAUCUGAGCAUGAGCAGAAAGAGUACAGAGCCUGACUCAACUGGAUGUUUAGCCUUCCAGACAUCGGUUAGGAGAACUAAACCUAACUCAAGCAUGUUGGAGAAAGUAUUGCUAAGCCAGUAUGCUGUAGUGGAUGUUCCUACACCAGCAGAUGGAAUUGUCAAUGCUCCCUCAGCAACAGAUCUAGCAGCAAUGGCUGUGACUGAGCCAAUUCCUGCUAACCCUGAAAGUGUUAUGCUUGAGCUUCCUCCAGCCUCUCCUCCUGCACUGAAUUCAACCCCUUCUCUGCCAAAUUCUGCUGUACUGCACACUGCCUCUCCAGCCCAGCCCCUUUCAGCUACUCCAGAGCCCACGGAGUUAUUCCUACCAGCACAAACAUCCAUAACCAAUCAAGAACUUCACCCUAUCAGUUCCACUGCUCAGUCCUCCAGUCCUGUAGAGCUCAAAACUCCUGUGGAACUCUCUGCUGGAAAUUCUUUGGCAGCUUUUAAUGUGUCUCUUCCUAAUUGGCUUAAUUCUGCCCCUGGAAGCGUGACCCAUGCGCUCAUCCCCACAACCCCAGCUCUAACUUUACAAGGUCCUCAGUUUCUUACGGAUGGAUCGGUAUGUGAACUAGCACAAAGGACCUUGGUGAUUGAUUCUGUCUUGUCACCUGAAGCACAUCUAAUUUCUCCUGUGUUGGUAAACCAAUCAAACAUCAGUUCCCUGAGUUUUUCUCCUAAUGUGGUUGUUAUUGAGUACACUGUUGCACUGGAGUCCUCUAAUGCCACCCCUGUUCCCCAAGCUAAUGCUGUUCACUCUCUCUUUGAUAAAACACCACCAGAUCACACUGAGGCACAAGAACUGCAGCCUUCAUCCCAACUACAGACUGCCAACAUCGAGCCAUCAGUUCCAGAACUGCCAGAGGCUGGUGUUGUUGAGGCUCAAGAUCAAGUAUUGAAAUCGUCGUCUACUGUAGAGUCAUUAGAGAAUUCUGUAGCUGCAGUACCAUCACUUGGUCCCAGUGUUUCAGAAAAAGUAGAGACAACAGUGGAGCCUGCAGAAACUUCAUCCUCCACUGAUCAUCUCGAAGUGGAAACCUCAGACAUUUCCAUACAGUACAACAACCCUAUGAGUGAGGAGCAAUCGUCUCUGCCUCCUCUGUGCAAGCGCUUUAUGUGUAAUGCCUGUGAUGAGCUCUUCCAGUCCAUGAAGGGUCUGAGUCAGCAUAUUGGUGAGCACUCAGACACUUGGCCAUAUAAGUGUGAAUUUUGUGUGCAGCUGUUUGAGAGUGACACUGAUUUAUUUGAGCACCGAUCCAGUUAUCAUGGCAUUGGUAAAAUCUAUGUCUGCACAAUAUGUUCCAAAGAGUUUGCCUUUCUUUGCAACCUAGAGCAACAUCAUCGAGAUCUCCAUCCCGGUCAGGAGUGCUCACACACUGAAAUAGAAAAUGGCAAGUUAAGACCCGAAAACCAUAAUAGUUCAGUAAGAGCUGAUAGUGUUACCACAGCGUGUCCUACAAAAGACGAGAGUAGCCAGUACUACCAGUCAGCUCCAAAACCAGAGGCUGACAAUAACUCUGAAAACACUACUGAGGAGUUAUACACUACUAUCAAGAUUAUGGCAUCUGAAGGUGUCAAACCAAAAGUUACAGAUGUGCGGCUUGGUAUUAACCAGCAUUACCCAAGUUUUAAGCCACCUCCGUUUCCAUAUCACAACCGAACACCAGUUGGACCAACCACCACCACGGCCAGUAACUUCACCACUCAUAAUAUCCCACAGACUUUUAGUACUACAGUUCGCUGCACCAAGUGUGGCAGGGGCUUUGACAACAUGCCCGAACUGCACAAGCACAUAUUAGCCUGUGCUAAUGCUAGUGACAAAAAACGCUACACCCCCAAAAAGAACCCCAUUCCACUCAAGCAGUUUGCAAAAGUGCAAAAUGGAGUGCUGUUGCCUGCUAGAGGAGUCAACCUUCGACAGAAUGUCUCUCAAAAACUUGGACAACCGAAAAAGCUGCAUUGCCAUGAGUCAGAAGCGAAGACAAAGCUGAGCGCUCAUAGUAAGAGGAAAUCUAUGUGGGUACAGAGAGGCAGGCCAGUAGGGCGAAAGAGUUCACAGGAAGAGCUGGAUGUUUAUGUUUGUCCUCACUGCAGCAGGGAGUUCACUUACCAUGCUAGCCUGAAGAAGCAUAUAGCUUUCAGCUGCCCAAUGAAACCUACUUGCAGGAAGCCUCCAAAAAGAAAAGGUAGCAUUGCACCAACACAGGAAAACCAUGGACGUAUUCGCACGCGUGUAUCAGAUAUAAUAAUGAAACCACAAAGGUUAAAUCAAGGACAGAAAUCCUUAGCAAAAACUCAGACCAAUGAGUCUGGUUCAGCCAGCAGUGUGACUCUACCAGUCAAAGCUCAAAUUGGCAAAGGGAAAAUUACUGUGCGAAAUUAUAGGCCUAAAACAUCUGAUAUUCUCUCAAGCUCAGGAGUUCACAUCAGUAAAAAAAGUACACUCAUUCUGAUGGAAGCCAUUCAGUCACCAUUGGCAUCAAAGUCUUUAGUCACACUAGGGAAAUCUCAGCAGCAGAGCAAUGGGGUACAUGUUAUGGAGAGGAAAAUAAAGCAAAGAGAUGUGGAGUUGAAGCCCAGCACAGAGGAACAGUUCUCUCUGAGAGUGAGAGGUCCCAUUACUCGCAGUCUACAGCAGGUUACGUCAAAUGUCACGUCCAAUACGAACAAAAAGGCUAACUCGGCUAAUCCAGCCAAAUGCUUCGUCCAGACAGAUGAUCAGAAUGUCGCUGCACAUCAAGCAGUUGCAGAGUCAAAGAAAUAAAGUCAAAAGAAUUCAAGUUUAACAAAAAGGCAUUAAUAAUAAAACUCUUGAUCUUGACCUAUGACAAGUUAAAUAUUAUCCACGGAAGGUUAUUUUUUUAAUAGGAAAACUUUAACAUUAUAAGGAGACUGAAUGAUUAUAAAUUAGACUGCUCAAAACUGCAGUGUCCUUUUAACUUAAAGUGAACUGACACUACAACAUCUGUGGCAGGCAUACAUACAUUCAGGUUUUAAGCCUGUUUUCACAGUCCUUAAAUACGCAACACUGCACAUUUUACUGUUUUCCUGUCUCAUUAACAAACUACAUAUGACUUUAUAGUAAGUAUGCUGAGAGAAGGAACGCAAGAAAAGCAGUGCAGGAGAAACUGGACGACAGUUAAGGAAACACUUUUUUGUGUAUUGACAAGCUUUUCGUAUAUCAAAAAUCCUUGGAAACCGGUCAUGUAUAAUAUAAUAAUAAUAACAACAUCAUUUAAAAAAGUAGAUAAAGGCAUUACAAAUAAUUACAUCAAACAAUUUUAUAGUAAUCUAGUAGAAAGUUAUUACAUUUACUGAGAUCAUUUGCUAAAACAGAGGUUAAGAGUUUAAUUCAUGAUCUUACUUGCAUACUGCAAACUCAUGCCACUACAUUCGGUUAAAAAAAAAAAAUCCUACGAAGAAGAAUAUCAACAUGUAUACACUGGUUAUGAGGGCCUCCAGUAAUUUUUCAUAUUGAAUACUGUAGAUAAAGAGUAUAAUCUCUAAUCUCUGUAUUAAUCCUGAUACCCUUUAUCUAAAUAAUGCACUAAUUUUGUAUAGUUUAUCAAUAUCAGCUUUUAAGUUGUUUCCAUAUGUAAAUCAAUAAUAUGAUCAGUGCAGCAGCUAUAUUUUAGCUGGUUUAUUACUCCUUCUCAGUGUGAAACAUCAUGUACUAAACUACCUGAAAAAAAUCAACAGAGUUGAUAAAAUUCAGAGGCUGUCCACACGGCAACGGAUUCAGGUGAAUCUGAUAAAAUUGUUUAUCGUUUCGGCCUGGCGUCCACACGGCACCGGCGUUUUGGGUGCCCCAAAACGAGAACGGGUUCCAGAGUGGAAAAAUCUGGCAACGGCACCAUUGCGAAAUCGUCUGGAUGAGUAGAACGGAUUUGUUUACGAUGACGUCACAACCACAUGACUAGAACAAGCAGCACUCUCGCUGUUUUGUAUGAACCACUGCAUUGCGUUCACUUUUGUAUACAGCUUUUCUUUUAAAUAAACAAGUAACUGAACCAUUUCUUGAAUUUCUUUUUUUUAUUGGAUAAGACUGCUUUUCAAAAUGUUCACACACAAUAUAAAAAGUUAUAUAAAUUAUAUAAAAAUGCUUUUCAAAAUGUUCACACACAAUAAGAAAAUUAAGUUAUAUAAAACUAUGCACACUAAUAAAACUAAUUUGUACACACAGAA